AUGUCAGGUAUCGAUCUUCGACUUUUAAGCGUACUUAAGGGCAUGAGAACAGGCGAAUAUCAAUACAAUAAACCAUCCGUGCUAGGUAAUGCAUUAAUGGACUAUUGUACCCAAUUAGGAAUUCCUAGAUCAUAUGCAGAUCCUUGUUCCGGUAGAGUCAAUUGUCUUGUCAUUCAUGAAGGAAACACAUGGGGUUGUGAAGUCAAUGCUCUGAACCGCUUUUAUCGAGGCUUUAAAAAAAUCUUUCCCGUCUAUUUAUCUGUACAUUUAGCUCCUCCUCUCUUCUUCCGUACUGCUCGUUUGUUACAAAACCCUGGUGGCUCUAUUCUUCACAUCUUGCUUGCUUCAGUCCGGUCCUCUACAUUUUUGGGUACCUAUAUUGCCAUUAUCUGGUACAGUAUCUGUUUUGUACGCACACGAUUUGGGCACCAAGUAUUGGGUGUGAAUCAAAGCCGAUUGGACAAUACUUUAGGACCCUUGUUGGGUAGUAUGUUAUGUGGUCUUUCACUUUUAGUGGAAAGUAAACAUCGUCGUGGUGAAAUGACACUUUAUGUGGUUCCACGUGCCUUGUUUUCCUUGACAGAGCGAUUAUUGAGUCCUCACCAAAAGGGAAGAUGGUGGGAAUACAUGGUGGCCGAAUUUGGUGAGAAUGUGACGUUUGCUGCUUCACUUAUGGUGUUGAUGAGCGCUGUCUUCCGAGAUAAAUCCAUGGUUCGACCAUCGAUUCGUGGUCUCAUGUCUUGGAUUUUAAAGGAUGAAAUGAAGGCAGAUGGCGAACAAACCCCUGUGGGCGAUCAAACUCCUGUCGAUGAGGAAGAACUUCUUAAACUUGAAAAGAAAUAA